AUGAAUCAACUGUACAAAGACUACUGCAGAAUUGAACUAACGAAAAAUCCAAGGGAGGUAAAGGAGAAGUGGUAUUCCAAUCGCUCUGCAGAAAUCACCGACACUAUGUACAGUGAAGCAUUCUGCAACCAGCAACGUGCAGAAUACUGGCUCAGGGACAAUUCCAGCCAUAAGACACCUGAUCCUCGUGAUGUUUGUAGAUCAAUUGCUGCAGUUGGAAAUCUUAUGGUCAUGAAAUGGGCACGCCAACAAGGAUUCCCUUGGACUAACGUGACAUGUCUCUAUGCUGCUAAAAGUGGACAGCUGGAAAUGCUCCAAUGGUUAAGAGAGAACGGUUGUCCAUGGGAUGAACCUAGUCUACAUGCCGAUUUGCUGCUGCAAAUUGACAUUUGGAAAUCUUGA